CCUUUCGGGAAAUAGCGUCGCCAUCUUGAGUGGCAUGGCCCAGCUAGACAGUGCGCCCUGAGCAAAGACAUGCGAUUUAUCGCGAAAACAUUGAACGUCCCGAGAAUCACGGAUUCCUGUGAAUCAUAGCAGAUCCUUGGUGCUUCGCACCUUCAUCAAAAUGGAGGCGGUUAAGGCAUUUAAUGCGGAGCUUUCAGCUCUUUACGAUGUCAAACCACCAAUUUCUAAGGCCAAGAUGAACUCUUUAACUAGGGGCGCAAUUAAGGCAAUCAAAUUCUAUAAACAUGUUGUGCAAAGUGUUGAGAAGUUCAUUCAAAAAUGUAAGCCAGAGUACAAAGUGCCUGGACUGUAUGUUAUAGAUUCAAUUGUACGCCAGUCUAGACAUCAAUUUGGAGUAGAGAAAGAUGUCUUUGCUCCACGUUUUGCUAAGAAUAUGCAAACCACCUUUUUGAAUCUUCUGAAAUGUCCUCAGGAAGACAAGAGUAAGGUGAUUAGAGUUUUAAAUCUUUGGCAGAAAAAUGCAGUUUUCCCUUCUGAGGUUAUACAGCCUUUAUUCGAUCUUGCGGACCCAAAUCAUCCAAUUCAUAAAGAGCAAGCAGUUAACGCAAAUGGUACACUGAAUACUUCUUCAACAAAUAACACAAGUAAUACAGGUACUGCUGUUAAAACACCUCCCUUAACUGUAAAGAAUGCAGUAAAAGAUCAGAAGCUGUUUUCCUCUGCAAAGACAAUUGAUCCUGUUUGGCUUGCGCAAACGAAAAUGGAAACAGCAAAUAUAGUAAAUGCUAAUAAGCUCUUGGGCCAGACAAAUGCAGGUCAAAUGGAUGCGUCUUUUCUUGAUCAACUACAACAUUUACAACAAUUAUUGCUUAAAAAACAAGAGGCAGCAAAUGAACAAAAAACUUCCGUGAAAUUUGAUAAGAAGCUGCUAGAUUUUGAUUAUGGCGAAGAAGAAGACGAUGACGUUGUUGUUGCGAAUUCUCCAGUGGCAACAACGGCGUCAAAUGCUGGCCAACACAACGUUCCUACAGGAAAUAGUUUAGAAAGUCUUGGAUUUCUUCUAACAAAUCCAGAGGUUUUAAGACAGCUUCAAACGUUACAACAAACAAUGCAAGGAAAUGCUUCUUCAUCGCAACAUGAAAUGGAAGAAAAGAUGAGGAAACUACAACAAAUGAAGCAACAGGAGGAAGAGUUUGAUAAACACCUAGCACAAACUGUUCCUAAUUUACCAUUUGCGUCGGAAUGCGAAUUAAAACCGUCGGACAUUUUGAAACCAAAUCAACAAAACACAUACACAACAAAUGUAAGUAGUGGGGUCAUACAAGAUAUGAGUCAACCGCCACCAGGUUAUCCACCGGCUCUACCGUAUGCCUCUCAACCUCUGUCAAAUAUUAGGCAAAUUAAUCAACAAGGCCAUCAGAAUCAAAAAAGUCCGCUUCUCGAUGAACGACAAGACACGCAAGAUUAUUCAGGAAAUGGUGCAAGGCGAGAUAGUAGCAGUGUAGAAAUUGUAAAUUGUGAUAGUGCGAGAUCACAAAGCAGAUCUCCUGAUCGAUAUAGGCAUCACAGUCGAUCUAGAUCACCACGACAUAGAGAUAGAGAUAGAGACAGGGAUAGAGAUCGAGAUCGAGACAGAGAUAGAAAAUCCCGAUCGAGAAGCAGGUCCAGAAGAAGGAGGUCUCGCUCUAGAGAUAGAGGACGUGAUAGAAAACGCGAUGAUAGUCGAGAAAAAAUGACUGAAGAAGAACGAGAGAAGGAAAGAGAAAGGCGUAAACGAGGCCUGCCACCAAUUGUGAGAGAUAAAUUAAGCGUUUGUAGUACAACGCUUUGGGUAGGGCAUUUAUCUAAGUUGGUACAUCAAGAAGAACUUUCAGACACUUUUGGAGAAUUUGGUGAUAUUGUCAGCAUAGAUUUAAUUUCACCUAGAGGUUGUGCUUUUAUAUGUAUGAAUAGAAGACAGGAUGCAUAUAGAGCUCUUACUAAACUUAAAAAUCACAAAAUGCAGGGGAAAGCAAUCACUUUAGCCUGGGCACCAGGAAAAGGUGUAAAAGGGAAAGAAUGGAAAGAUUAUUGGGAAGUUGAACUGGGAGUUAGUUAUAUCCCUUGGAAUAAAUUAAUUAACGUUACUGAUCAGGACCUAGAAUUACUUGAGGAAGGUGGAAUGAUUGAUGAAGAUACCCUGCCGCCUAAUUUGAAAGGUAAACUAAAGCAUUCCGGAACAAAUGCAGACAUACUUCAGCAGCAAUUGCAAUUACAGCAACAAGCUUUGGUUGCAGCUGCCGCUAUGCCAAGUCUAGCUGAUGGUAUUGUGAAUGUAAUGCAACCUACAACUGCCACUCAGCAGCAGCAGUCUCAACAGAGUCAACAACAAGGUCAACAACAGCAGCAAGUGAUUGAUACAAGUCAACCACCCCCCAUUAGACCUCCUACGUCAGCUGCACUUCUGCCACCGCCAAAUACCCAACUACAAAUGAUGCCACCUGCUUUCACAAUGCCCGGAGUCCCCCGCAUGCUUGGACCAAUGGGAUUACCAAUGGCGCAUAGCUUGAUGCCGAAUGUUCCAAUAGGUGUACCACCGCCAAAUAUGCAAAGUUUGUUAGGACCGCCAGGAAUGAUGCAAACUAUGCUUACACCACAAGUUAAUUCACCGUUUGGAGCUGGCGUAGGUGUCGGUUUAUUGACUCAAAUACCUCUGCCAGCACCUGCUGCACCUUCUGAUAAGCCCAAUUCUACUGGUAUGCCACAUAAUGUUCCUCCAAUUGGAGUUCCGCCACCAACAACGGAAACGGGAAUGCCAAAUCUGCCAAUGUUACGUCAGCCUUACGGUGUAGGGCCUUCUGCUCCUUUACAAAUGCAACUACCUCAACAACAACAUUCUGCGGAUGAUAUGGAUGUAGAAAUGGAAGACGCGAUGCCUCAAAGUUCGAAUGGGGCUAAGAAUAAGGGCAACUUAAUUGACCAAUUAUCACAAAACGACGACAGGCCAGAUGGUGAUCAACAAUCAGAUCAACAGCAUCGGGAUUACAAAGAAAGAGACAGGGAACGAGAAAACAGAGAGAGAAGAGAUAGAGAAACACAUUUGUCUCAUAGAGAUAGAGACAACAAUGAUUCCAGAAUGGAUCGUGGAAGGGAAAGAGGUAGAGGAAGAGAUCGGGGACGCGACCGUAGGAGAGAUAUCAGAGACAGAGAUAGGGAUGAGAGAAGAGAAAGAGAGAACAGAGAAAAUCGCGAAGGCAAUCCACAAAAUCAAAGCCUUCAAGAAAAUGAUUCCACUCCGAAAAAGGACGCUAAGCCGAGCUUAGCGGAUCGCCUACGUCAAUUGGCUGACGGUACUCUUCCCCUGGAAGAUCGAGUUGAUCGAAUACCCCCUCGUAGCCGGCAAGAUCGAGACAGGUCGGAUAGAAGCUUUGAUGACUCCCGAGCAGCACGUGGUGAACCACUCUCAUCGCUAAUGGAUUUACCGAAAUUCGGUUUACCUCAAGAAAGAAGUGACUUUCCUGCUCGACCGCCAGAUUUCCGAAAUCCCCAAGAUCCAAGAGAAUUUCAACAACAGAGAGACAGACAGAAUUUUGGAAGAGGUCCUAGAGGAUCACAAAUGCAUGAAGAAUUUAUGGACGCUCCAAGGAUACAGGGUGGUAUGUUCCAAGAAGAGUUCGAUAAUAGAAUACAUGGGCAGCAAAGAAUAGAAGAAUUUGGAAGACUUGGACCCCCCCGAGAACAGAGGGAGGAAUUUGACAGGUCUGAAGUGAGAGGAAGAAGGCCGCUUGAUGAUCGGGAUCGGUUUGAUUAUGAAAUUAGGCGGGAUGGUUUCGAUCCACGGCUACAGGAUGGCUUCGAUCCAAGAGGACAUCUGGAUCGUGGUGAUUUUGAACCUAGAAGACGAGAAUUUUUUGGAAUUGAACCCAUGUUUGGAAUGCCACCUAUUAUGGGACCCAGAGGUCCGAGACCUGGUCAUCCCGAUGGGUUUGGUCCUCGUCCAGCUCCUUUAGGUGCUCGUGGCCCCGGACCUUUAAUGUUCCAUCCAAGAGGGUUAGGACCUCGUCCUCUUCGCCCUGGUAUGAGACCUUUUGGUCCACGUGGUCCACCGUUUGAUCCUCGUGAGCCGGAUGCUUUUUUCAGACCUCCUUUCGAUGAUAUUCGCCCACAUGUUCGGCCACCAUUUGGACCUAUGGGCCCUCCAUCCAUUCUUCCUCCAGAGUCUGCUGCUCCGUGGAGAAAUCAGGAACACCCUCCCGGCUCAUGGCCUCCUGAUUCUGAAAAUCAUUCGCAAAGAGACAAUCCCAGAGACAAAAAAGGUGUUAAACAUCCAAACAACCAAAAUAUGGAACGGGACAGUCGGAACAACAGGGGACGUAAAUCUAGGUGGGCCAAUGUGAGUCCAUCCGGAGAGGAAACGGAAGAACCGAAAGAGCAGGAACCAUCUUCUGUUCCUGUUGAUGUGAAAGAAGAAUCUAUCAAGGAAGAGGAAGCUGUUGUGAAACCUGAAGAACAAAAAACUGAAUUAAUGGAAGUAAUUCCUAGUGAAAAGAAGGAGGAUUUGGAAGAAUCAUCAAUUGAGACGAAACAAGAAGAAGGCAUUGAAACGACGAAGGAGGAAGAGGACCGCAGGGAUUCUUAGACCAAAGUAAAGAGCGAUUUUUCUCUUUAAGAUUUUUUCUUACUCUGUGGAGUGGUGUGAAGGGGGACUCAUUAUAUUGAGCUGAAUUAGGUCGGAACAAAAUAACUUCUUUGGAAAAUGAAACGCUAAAUACUAGAUUAAUUAUUACAUUCGAUUAAUGAUAUUAUUGUGAAAUCAAAUAUACGUUGAUUUCAGAUAUUGGCUAUGAAAUUAUAAUAAAGGUAUUUCUAUAGAAAAUUAACCGAUAGAAAGAAUUAUAAAAAAUGUAAUUGAAGAGCCACAAGUCGCACUUAAAAUGAAUAAUUUUGAGAGACGUAGUAUUAAAAUUUAAUAAACAAAAAUGUUAAAUUUAAAUUGAUUUUUAUAUCAUUAUAUAACGUGCAAAAUGAAAGUAGUAGAAAGAAUUUAAAUGCUUAAUGAAAAGCAAAUUUUCUUAAGAAGUGAGCGUUUCAAAUUUCAAAGAAAUCAAUUUUUUAAUCGGCUACACGUGUGAGGCACUGUGAUUUGAGAACACAGGACCUAUGACCCGUGGAUACUCCAAGUGGCGACUUAUUUAUUAAAUUGUAAAUACUUUUGUAUUUUCGUAGUAAACAAUUAUACAGUGCAUCAUGUUUGAGCGCGUCAAUUCAAUUAUUUCUUAAGCUAUUAAAACUACAUUAUUGUUUACACAGAAUUUGCUUUGUGUUAAAUGAGAAAAGAUAAUGGCGGACUGAAAUAUUUAUAAAUCAAUUGUUGCAAAGAUUUCAAGUUUGCCUACAAAUUUUUAAAUGUAAUUACCUAUUUUUAUGAUACUAAUCUUUAGUUCGUUGAAUUCAUCUCAGAACGCACAACAUAAACAUAUACAUAUAGUUUCAUUUGGAAAAAUGGUGGUGAUCUUGAAAUCUAUGAAACAUUUAAAUUCAUUACUAAGUUUUUUCUCUAAGACAAUACAACUUCUGCAUAAACAUCUUUUUUAUAUUUUCCAUGGCCUAAGAAAUAAUUGACUGUACACAUUCAAACCAUACCUACUGUAUAGAUAGAUGAAUCUUAAUAGUAGGAUCUUGAUUAACCGUACAUCUUACAAACUUCAAGUAUUUUCAUAUGGACAUUUUUGUUGAUUGAACUCUAUAUUCAAUACAAGUCUUAUAAUGCAGAUUUUACAUAUGUAUAUAUGUGAUAUACAUACAUAUAUAGUAUAUUUACGAAUUUAAUAGCAUGUAUUAAAUUUAAUUUUUAGCUACAUCUUCUUGAAAGAUUUUUUAUUAAUUGUUAAUUACACACUGAACAGUGAUUUGAACUUUGGAAUAAAGUUACAUUUAUACAGAAUUGAACGUUCGAUCAACAGAAAAGGUCAGAAAUAAAAUAUGUAUGCGCUAAUUCGGGUAAGCAAGAUUCUACCACCGCAAAUAUUUAAAUAGAUAGAGAGAGAGAUUAUAUAUAUAAAUAUAUAUUUAUAUACACUUAUAUAUAUAUAAAUAUAUAUUUAUAUAUAUAUGUGUAUGAGAAUGAAUGUAAACUACAAAGAAUGGAAGAGAAUGAGUGGGAGAGAGUGAUUGAGAGAAAGAGAGAGAAAAAACGAGAGAAAGUGAAAUAGAGAGCGAGAGUAUAUAUAGCGCCCUUGUUCGGCGUAGCUCAAUCAAACGAACGAAAAAUAAAUAUUUUCUAUAUAACAUCUUUUUUCAUAAGCAGAAUUAUAGCCUCUCAUUCCGCUUGGCUCCCGGAAUUGCCUUACGUUGUUUUGUUUACUUUUAAGAGAACUCCUGGCAUUGGAUACUUCAGAUCGAAUAAUUCAUUUAAUUGCACCCAGUUAUAAAAGACAUCUCGUGAAUUAUGAAAUUCUAUUUAAAUAAUUUUGUCUGGGAGUCUUCGUAGGAAAAUUAAAAAUUUUAAUUAUUCACUAACACUGAUCAACCAUGCAUAAAAAUUUAAUUAAUUUUUUUAGUUUUACCUACUUUUGUUUCUAUUCAAAUGAAAGCUCUUAAUUAAGUAUGGGAAAAAGUUACGGAGAAAAGUUGCAUAGUUCAAAUGAGAAUGUAUAGUGAACAAAACAAUUUUAAGAAAUUGUUUUUAACUGUCUUAUUUACAUGGCAAUUAUUAUUACCUUAAAGUGCGUGCAUUGAUAUAAUUCUUGGUUAUUUCUCUUCGAGUGUAGUACUAUUCUAAUCGGAUUUGAUAUGUCUUCUAACUAUGCAUUUUUUAUCUGGAAAAUUUUUCCUCCGAAUAUCAAAUUAUUCUGUGAUCAAUAUUUUAUGGUGCAAACACGUUCAAUUAAGAAACACAGAAGUGUUCAUUAUCAAGAAAGAAAAGAAAGAUACGUUGUGAACGAUAUUCGGAAUGGAAUGAAAUCUUUUCAGAGCAGCUUUGGAUACUUGUUCAGUACUCGUACUCGUGUGUUCACAUGCGUGAGUCUCUCUCUCUGUCGCCACACGACGAUGGAACACCAGCCACCAGGUCGCUUGCGCUCAAACAGAGUGACAAGUGCAAGGUACUGUUGUGUUUAUAACUCAUUAUAUUUAUAUACUGAAUGCUAUAUUUCUUUCUGGACGAACUACAACGAAAGCAUCCUGAAAUGCAUCAAAUCGUUGUUAUUAUUACUAUUAUUAUUAUUAUUAUUAUUAUUAUUAUUAUUAUUAUUAUCAUUAUUAUUAUUAUUAGUAUUAGUAUUAUUGUUGUUGAUUGAUGUUGUACAAACGAUUUGAACGUCGGAACGAGGCAAAUCGUCUGAAUGAAUAUAAUUUCCAAUUUUUAAACUGUUCUCAUCAGCUGUGCUCAAGUGAAUCUUUAGAUAAACUGAGCUUACUUGAUUUAGAUCUUUUAGUAAUUCAAAUCAUUUUUCAUAAUUGGGACAUUAAUUUUAUUUUAAGCAGUAGCAAUAUUAGUAUACUUUAUAUAUUUAACGUGUAGAGUUUAAUAUUACGAAAUGCUAUAUCAAAUGAUAAGAUUGUACAUUUUGUUCGUAAUUGCUGUGCAAUAAUUGAUGGUACGAGCGAUGAUUGCACAUAGAAUAAUUACUCUUUAAUGACUAAAUAUUAUUUGUCAAGUACAAGAAAAACAUGUUUAUUCUGUUAAUUAUGGUUAAUUAAUGGUUAGAUUGGUUAGUCUAAUUUAUCAAAUUUUUGAUAAAUCUUUCACAAAUUUAAAUCUAAUUUAAUAAUCGACACCAAGUUUAAUAUAAUCCGCCCCAGAGUAAUGAUUUUCAAACGCUAAUGAAAUUUGGCUAACAAUCGAAACUUGUUGCGACAUAGUUUCGUGUAAACACAAGUUCGUCCAGAAUGCAAUAAUAUUUUUUUACCAAAUAUUAUAAAUUUCUUUUGAAGUUAGAUCGAAAAAAUUAAGAAGAACAUAACCGAAAGUAGUAUAAAGAGCCCGUGCACCACUCCGGAGCAGAGUUUAAGAAAAAAGAGUUCCAUUUUUCAAUUUUAAGAAAAUAGCUUAACGAGCAGAAAAGAGUAGAAGGACCCAAUAUUAAUUCAUUUACAUAAACAAAUCAUACUUUAUGUGACGUUUCGUUUACUAAUUUAUACGCAAGUGACGAGCAAUAACAGGAUUAACAAAUUGAAAAGGCAACGAAAAUCAUAUUUUAUAAUCAAUCUAUAUAUCAUAGAUUGCAAAUAAGUUAUCCUUUUUAUUCUUUUAUUUAACCAAAAUAUACUUGUCCUCAUUAUCAAUUAAUUAAAUAUCAAUUUACUUCCA